CAGCAAACACGUUUAGCUUGCUCGCCUUUCUCACCGACUAGGGAGAGGAGUCUCAGAGUGCAUAGCCGCAGAGAAGACCUGCGGGGGCGUGCAGGGGCGCACAGGCGCCUGCCUCUGCGGGUGGGAAAGGAAGGAGGUGCCCGCGUUUCCGCUCCAGGGCUCAGCCUGCCUUGGCCACCUACGGUAUGGGAGCCUUUAACUUGGAUAGGAAAGGAGAUCGAUCACUCGAGCCUCCACUUGCUAAGCCUGUGGACGCUAGACGCGGGGAUCGGCUGGGAAUGCCUGGAAGCGGCGGCGCGCGGAGCCAGGUGGGAGGAAGAAGAAAUUGUCUAGACGAAUAACAUGAGGUCAUAUAGAAUCCCACUUUUGGUGAUUUCAAGUCAAGAAAGUAAAAGUAAACCAUUGCUAUCUUUCACCUUAAAUAUCCUGUGUUUUAUUGCUCAGAACAUCCAGUUUUUCUAAUACUCAUGAUGUCGGAAGGGAAACCUCCUGACAAAAAAAGGCCUCGUAGAAGCUUAUCAAUCAGCAAGAAUAAGAAAAAAGCAUCUAAUUCUAUUAUUUCGUGUUUUAACAAUGCACCACCUGCUAAACUUGCCUGCCCCGUUUGCAGUAAAAUGGUGCCUAGAUAUGACUUAAACCGGCACCUUGAUGAAAUGUGUGCUAACAAUGACUUCGUUCAAGUGGAUCCAGGGCAGGUUGGCUUAAUAAAUUCAAAUGUGUCUACGGUAGAUUUAACCAGUGUUACCUUAGAAGAUGUAACAUCAAAGAAGUCACCACCACCAAAGACAAAUUUAACCCCCGGCCAAAGUGAUUCAGCAAAAAGGGACAUAAAGCAGAAGACCAGUCCCUACUUUAAAAGUAAUGAUGAUGUGGGGUGCAAAGAUCAAGAUGAGCGGAGAAAUCGUAGUGUGAAAGUCAUUUGUUUGGGAAGCCUAGCAUCUAAAUUGUCCAGAAAAUACGUAAAGGCUAAAAAAUCAAUAGAUAAGGAUGAAGAAUUUGCCGGUCCUAGUCCACAGAGUUCCAAAGCCACAGUUGAUAAGAGUCUGGUUGAUAACUCUUCAGAAAUUGAGGACGAGGAUCAAAUUUUGGAGAACAGUUCUCAAAAAGAAAACGUGUUUAAAUGUGAUUCUCUAGAGUGUAUUCCUGAACAUAUGGUAAGAGGAAGUAAAAUAAUGGAAGCCGAAAGCCAAAAGGCUACCCGGGAAUGUGAGAAAUCAGCCCUCACCCCUGGCUUCUCAGAUAAUGCGAUCGUGUUAUUCUCAUCAGAUUUCACUCUUAGGAAUACAUUAAAGUCUACUUUGGAAGACAGUCUUGUAAAGCAAGAGUGUAUCAAAGAAGUGGUUGAAAAACGUGAGGCAUGUCAUUGUGAAGAAGUAAAAAUGACUGUUGCUUCAGAAGCUAAAAUACAGCUGUCAGAUUCAGAGGCAAAAUCUCAUAGUUCUGCAAAUGAUGCUUCUGCAUGGAGUAACGUCCAAGAGGCUCCUCUGCAGGAUGACAGUUGCUUAAACAAUGAUAUCCCUCGCAGCAUUCCUUUGGAGCAGGGGUCAAGCUCUAAUGGUCCUGGUCAAACAACCGGUCAUCCUUACUACCUUCGGAGUUUCCUUGUGGUGCUAAAAGCUGUACUUGAGAAUGAAGAUGAUAUGAUGCUCUUUGAUGAGCAGGAGAAGGGAAUUGUAACUAAAUUUUAUCAGUUAUCAGCUACUGGUCAGAAGUUAUAUGUAAGGCUCUUUCAACGUAAAUUAAGCUGGAUUAAGAUGACUAAAUUAGAAUACGAAGAGAUUGCCUCAGACUUAACACCUGUGAUUGAAGAAUUGAAGAAUGCAGGCUUUCUGCAGACAGAAUCUGAGUUGCAAGAACUCUCUGAAGUGCUUGAACUCCUUUCUGCUCCUGAACUAAAAUCCCUGGCCAAGACCUUCCACUUGGUGAAUCCCAAUGGACAGAAACAGCAGCUGGUGGACGCCUUUCUCAAAUUGGCCAAACAGCGUUCAGUCUGCACUUGGGGCAAGAAUAAGCCUGGAAUUGGUGCAGUGAUUUUAAAAAGAGCCAAAGCCCUGGCUGGACAGUCAGUACGAAUCUGUAAAGGCCCCAGGGCUGUGUUUUCCCGGAUCUUGCUACUGUUUUCGUUGACCGACUCAAUGGAAGAUGAAGACGCCGCUUGUGGAGGUCAGGGACAGCUUUCAACGGUCCUGUUGGUCAACCUCGGCCGAAUGGAGUAUCCUAGUUACAUCAUCAAUCGGAAAACCCACAUCUUCCAAGACAGAGAUGAUCUUAUCAGAUAUGCAGCAGCCACACACAUGCUGAGUGACAUUUCUUCCGCAAUGGCCAACGGGAACUGGGAAGAAGCUAAGGAGCUCGCUCAGUGUGCAAAAAGGGAUUGGAACAGACUGAAAAACCACCCUUCUCUGAGAUGCCACGAAGAUUUACCACUCUUUCUGCGGUGUUUCACUGUUGGGUGGAUUUAUACAAGGAUUUUGUCUCGGUUUGUGGAAAUACUGCAGAGACUUCACAUGUAUGAGGAAGCCGUCAGAGAACUUGAAAGCCUUUUGUCUCAGAGAAUUUAUUGUCCUGACAGCAGAGGCCGAUGGUGGGAUCGACUGGCCCUUAAUUUACACCAGCACUUGAAGCGCCUGGAACCGACUAUCAAGUGCAUCACAGAGGGGCUGGCGGAUCCGGAAGUCAGAACAGGACACCGCCUUUCACUGUAUCAGCGAGCCAUGCGCCUGCGAGAGUCUCCAAGCUGUAAAAAGUUCAAGCACCUCCUCCAGCAGCUCCCAGAAAUGGCUGUGCAAGAUGUGAAACACGUGACCAUCACGGGCAGGCUGUGCCCGCAGCGUGGGAUGUGCAAGUCUGUGUUUGUGAUGGAGGCCGGGGAGGCCGCUGACCCCACCAUGGUCCUGUGCUCUGUGGAGGAGCUGGCACUGGCCCAUUACAGACGCAGCGGCUUUGACCAGGGGAUUCAUGGCGAAGGGUCCACCUUCAGCACCCUGUAUGGCCUCCUCCUGUGGGACAUCAUCUUCAUGGAUGGGAUUCCGGAUGUCUUCAGAAAUGCCUGUCAGGCAUUCCCCCUGGACUUGUGCACAGACAGCUUCUUCACAAGCAGACGCCCGGCCCUCGAGGCCAGGCUGCAGCUGAUUCAUGAUGCCCCCGCAGACAGCCUGCGGGCCUGGGUGGCAGCCACGUGGCAGGAGCAGGAAGGCAGAGUGGCUUCCCUUGUCAGCUGGGAUCGCUUCACAUCUCUUCAGCAAGCUCAGGAUCUUGUCUCCUGCCUGGGGGGCCCUGUGCUCAGUGGUGUGUGCAGGCGCCUGGCUGCUGACUUUCGACACUGUCGAGGGGGCCUCCCCGACCUGGUGGUGUGGAACUCCCAGAGCCAUCGCUUUAAGCUGGUGGAAGUUAAAGGCCCCAAUGAUCGUCUUUCACAUAAGCAGAUGAUCUGGCUGGCAGAACUGCAGAAGCUGGGGGCUGAAGUAGAAGUCUGCCAUGUGGUUGCAGUUGGAGCUAAAAGCCAAAGCCUUAGCUAAAAGCUAUGGAAUUGGGGAUAUUUGGUCAUACAUUAAUAUUCCCUACAGGAGAAAAUGGAAAUGAGGAGGAGAGAAACUCCGGUGUCCCCAAGGUGUCAGUGUCGUGAGGGCCGCUGGCGUUGAAGUACAUCCUGCUCUGGCCCAGCUCCCCAUAGCAGGCCUCCAGGGGGCCACUGCACUGCUGCCGCAGCAUCCUGCUCAGCACAUCGACCUCAUCAGCCAGGAGGGAGAGCUUGUGAAAGGCCGUGAUGGAGCCACCCAGGCUGAUCUGGGCCUCAGGAACCCAGCGGAAGUAGCACAGUUUCCACAGUUUUAUGUGUGUUCCAGAGACACGUGGCAGAAUAACACCGUGCAGGUUGACGGGUUUGGAAAACCAUUCUCUAAAAUAUUGCUCUGUAUCACUGUUCUGGCUGUCGGUUUGCUGAGGUGGAUCUGGCUUUGGUUUUAAUAUCAAUGAAUUUCUCCUUGGAAGUAAUUCUUGGUCACUGAUGAUUCCAUUCUUUAAGGCAGACGGCAUUCCUCUUAGUGUGGAGCUGUAACUUUUCUAUACAGAAGAGAUUUUAUUAUGUUCCGGGGAUUCCCUUUUUAGAAAGAUUGUAAGGAUGCAAUGGCAAAUAUAAACUCAAUACUAUGAAAAAUUAAUGGAAUUUCAGCCUCAAAGAACAUUUUCCUCCCUUCCUCUGUGUCCUUAUUCUAAUCCUCCUCCCCUGGAAUUACACUUUUUUAUGUGUUGACUCUACCUAGGCUGUUACUAUCAACCUGAAUGGGGACGGGGAUGACAGUAUCUCCUAUCCACUAAUUUGCCUAAGGAUAAGUUCUAAGACGGACUAGAAAAAACCCUAGACCUGGCCGAUUCUAUCAAGAACAAUGGCAAACUGAAUGGAGGCAGUCAGAAGGCCAAAUGUCUGAUUCUUUGUUCUGUACCUUUCAGUACUCUCCAAAUUUUCUACCAAAAAAAAUCCCAAGAAUAUAUUUGGAAAUUAUUAAAAAGGCAAACAAUGAAUGUUAUUAGGACAAGAAUAUAGCAGUCAGGAGGCCAUGACUACAUCACAGCCAGGUGGCAUUCCCUGCCACAGUGGCGGCUUGAAUCAUCAAGAAGUGGAUAAAUGGAGCUUCAGUAAAUUGGGCUUGCAGGCUCAGAGCUGUAAUCUGCCCACUCUCAGGUACUGAGACUUUGUGGGCCUCAGACACCAGGAAGAAAGUCGGGAUACAGUCAUUUGAGUUAAAAAGGGAAUGACCCCUCAGAAACCCGCAUUAGCAAUGUUACUCUUGGAAGUGCCUUUACUUUUAACGCUCUCUGUUCUGAAAAAGAUGUGUUUGGUUAUGUGUGAGCCAACAUCACAUUUUGUUAGCUGUGAUUUACCUUUGUCCGUUUAAAAGACUUCACGGAGCCAUUCUGUAUACAAGGUGUGCUCUUUCCAAUGUAGAAGGGGUUAUGGAAAAGGGUGCGAUCCUUUGCUGUAAACUGGAGAGACCAGUCCCAAACAGAGGGGAAUUUUAAGCCCUUCUCAUCACCCAAUUGGAUAUUUUUGCUUAUAGCAAAUUCCUGCAAAAUAAAUAAAUAAAUAUUUGCAAAACUAAA